UACAUCUUCAUGUCUUUCGGCUCUUUCCUUCAAUUUCUUACAGCACCUUUAUUACACAAAUAUAUAUUUAUUGUUUGUUGUGGAUCGCGAUCCUCGCGGCGUUUCUAAGUAACCGAUUGUCAUUUACCUUAGAUACGUGCGUCUUUGCAAGGAUUACUCAAGCGGCGUUAAGGUUGUUAUAGAAAAAGUGCGAGAAUCUUUAUAGAGUAUUAAAUCUGAUCGAUUCAUCAUCGGAAAUCGAUAUUAUGCCGCUUCAACUCGAAACGAGUGAAAAAGCUUGCGACGAUAAUGAGCGAUGUGUCACGAAAUAUCAAAACACUUAUCGCAUGGAGCCGCAGAAUCCGUUCAAAACCGAUCCGGUGGACAAGAUUGUAAGAUCGGUAAUGAACAAUCGUUUGGACGAGGUCACGUACGAUGAUGCGGAGGUCACGAAAUUAUGCGGCGACAUUGCCACGGAAAUACGGCGACGCGUAAAGAAGCUCAACUUCGAUAGGUACGUUAAAGCUGAUGGUUUCCGUUUCUGGGAAAGAAAAGGGGGAAAGGAAAAAGACACUUUUUUGACAUAGUCGUUAUUUAACGGAAUGAUUUAAAUAAUAGGAACGUAAUUGUAGUUGAAAAGAGGUGUAUCCCAACAAAUUUCUAAAACAUUCCUCAAGACUCGCUAAUAUUAUCGAACGCAAGUAUAAGUGUUUGGCUUUCGAAUAUUACGAAAAUUUCGUUGAAUAUUCGAAAAAGUGUCUUUCUUUUCAGACACAAGAUUAUCGUGACGGUGACAAUAAUCGAGAAGACCAGUCAGUCCGCGGAAACGACUCUCGGUUUCCUG